CAGGAGCCCCCCCCUGAGCCCCGGAUAACCAUACCAGUAGGGGGGCGCCCAGUCACCUUCCUGGUUGACACGGGGGCUCAACACUCUGUUCUAAAUCGGUCACCCGGCCCCCUGAGCCGACGAACUGCCUGGGUACAAGGAGCUACCGGUGGGAAGCAAUAUCGAUGGACCACGGACCGCCAGCUCCACCUAGCGACCGGUAAGGUGAUGCACUCCUUUUUACAUGUUCCUGACUGUCCAUACCCCCUCCUGGGUCGAGACCUCCUAACGAAGUUAAAGGCUCAAGUGCAUUUCGAGAAAGCCAACAUAAGAGUCACGGGGCCAGAAGGGGCCCCACUCACGGUGCUGACCAUAGCCUUAGAAGAGGAAUAUAGAAUACAUGAGCCCAAGGAUGACUCUUUUAAGGUCGAGGACCGCUGGUUGACUGACUUUCCCCAGUCCUGGGCAGAGACUGGAGGAAUGGGACUGGCCCUCCAGCAGGCUCCCAUCAUAGUCCAUUUAAAGGCAUCUGCUCUCCCGGCCUCAAUUAAACAAUAUCCCAUGUCCCGGGAGGCCCGCGAUGGGAUCAAACCUCACAUUAGGAGGCUACUGGACCAGGGCAUUCUAACCCCCUGCCGGUCCCCCUGGAACACUCCCCUGUUGCCAGUCAAGAAGCCUGGAACCAAUGACUAUAGGCCGGUCCAGGACCUCCGGGAAGUCAAUAAGCGGGUUGAGGACAUACACCCCACGGUCCCCAAUCCCUAUAACCUCCUGAGUGGACUGCCACCUGACUAUGUUUGGUACUCAGUCCUGGAUUUAAAGGAUGCCUUCUUCUGCCUGCGGUUACACAAAGACAGUCAGCCACUAUUUGCCUUUGAAUGGCAGGAUGCAGACCUGGGAAUCUCGGGACAACUUACAUGGACUAGGUUGCCCCAAGGGUCCAAAAAUAGCCCCACCCUCUUUGAUGAGGCCUUGCAUCAGGAUUUGGCCGGAUUUAGAGUCCUCAACCCUGAGGUCAUCCUCUUACAAUAUGUGGAUGACAUCCUGAUAGCCACCAAGACAGAGGAGGAAUGCCUUAGGGGGACAGAAGCUCUCUUAAAGACUUUAGGAGACUUGGGGUACAGGGCCUCUGCCAAGAAGGCCCAAAUCUGCCAGACCCAGGUCACCUACUUGGGGUACAAAAUCCAGGAUGGAAAACGUUGGCUAACAGAAGCCCGCAAACAGGCCAUACUUGACAUCCCUCCUCCCAAGACCCCCCGAAAACUGCGGGAAUUCUUGGGAACAGCAGGUUUCUGUAGACUGUGGAUCCCCGGGUUUGCGGAGAUGGCAGCACCCCUGUACCCCCUCACCAAGACGGGGGCUGCUUUUGACUGGGGGGAGAGCCAGGAAAAAGCCUUCAUGGACAUCAAGAAGGCUCUGCUCUGCUCCCCAGCUCUGGGGUUACCUGACCUGACUAAACCCUUUGACUUAUUCGUGGCUGAGCAAGAAGGUUAUGCGAAGGGGGUCCUAACUCAAAAACUUGGGCCCUGGAGACGACCAGUUGCCUACCUAUCUAAGAGAUUAGACCCCGUAGCGUCAGGAUGGCCCCCAUGUCUCCGCAUGAUCGCCGCCACCACAGUUCUCAUAAAGGACUCUCACAAAUUGACUUUGGGGCAGCCUUUGACUAUCUAUGCCCCCCAUGCUAUGGAGGCAGUCAUCAGACAGCCACCGGGCCGCUGGCUCACCAAUGCCAGGAUGACUCAUUACCAGACUCUGUUGCUGGACAAGGACCGAAUUCACUUCGGGGCUCCGGUGACCCUGAACCCCGCCUCGCUGCUUCCCCUCCCCGGGGAAGCAGAGACUCAUGACUGCUUGCAGGUCCUGGCCGAGGUCCAUGGGACGAGAGCUGACCUCACGGAUCAACCCCUUCCCAACCCUGACCUUGUCUGGUUCACGGACGGAAGCAGCUUUGUACAUCAAGGGGAGCGGAAGGCCGGUGCUGCAGUGACAACUGAGUCAGAAACAAUUUGGGCCGAGGCCCUGCCGCCAGGAACAUCGGCUCAACGAGCAGAACUGAUUGCCUUGACACAGGCCCUGAGACUGGCAGAAGGUAAGAAACUCACUGUCUAUACAGACAGCCGCUAUGCUUUUGCCACCGCUCACAUCCAUGGUGAAAUUUAUAGGCGAAGGGGGCUAUUGACCUCAGAGGGCAGAGACAUUAAAAACAAAAAGGAAAUCCUGGCCCUCUUAGAGGCUCUGCACUUGCCAACCGCCCUCAGUAUUAUACAUUGCCCAGGGCAUCAGAAAGGUGACAGUCCAGUCGCCCGGGGAAACCGGAGGGCAGACCUGGCCGCCCGGGAGGCUGCCCUGGCUUUGGAAAGCAGCACCAUGAAAAGACUGGGGGCGACCCGAGUACGUGAUGGUCUCUGGACCUAUCAAGGAAAAACUGUCCUUCCCCGCCUAAUGACUAGAUAUCUGGUUAACAGCCUACACAAACUCACUCAUUUGAGCUCCAGGAAAAUGAGAGAACUGUUAGCCCGGGAAGAAAAUACUCGCCACCUGUUGGGAAUAGAAGAAAUAAUAAAACAAGUGACUGAACAAUGUGACGCCUGCGCCCGCGUCAAUAUGACCAGGCUAAAGCUACCCAUGGGGACUCGAGCUCGUGGGCACCGGCCUGGGGUGCAUUGGGAAAUAGAUUUCACAGAAAUUAAACCAGGAAAAUAUGGAUACAAGUACCUCCUGGUUUUUGUUGACACCUUCUCGGGAUGGACUGAAGCCUACCCCACCAAGCACGAGACAGCAAAGGUGGUCACCAAGAAACUUCUUGAAGAAAUCUUCCCCCGUUAUGGAAUGCCACAGGUAUUGGGGACAGACAACGGGCCUGCCUUUGUUUCUCAGGUAAGUCAGUCUGUGGCCACCUUGUUGGGGAUUGAUUGGAAAUUACAUUGUGCUUAUCGACCCCAAAGUUCAGGGCAGGUAGAGCGUAUGAAUAGAACCAUUAAGGAGACUAUAACUAAAUUAUCGCUGGCAGCUGGCACUAAAGACUGGGUCCUCUUGCUCCCCCUUGCCCUCUAUCGUGCCCGGAAUACACCGGGCCCCCAUGGCCUCACCCCUUUUGAAAUUCUAUAUGGAACCACCAUUCCCUUUGUUCAGUUCUUUGACCAAGAUAUUUCUGACUAUGCCAAUUCCUCCUCUCUUCAAGCUCACCUGCAGGCACUCCAGCUGGUUCAGCAGGAAGUCUGGAAGCCUCUGGCCCAAGCCUACCGAGACCAGAGGAGACACCCUAUCGUCCCUCACUCCUACCACGUGGGAGACAGCGUUUGGGUCCGGCGCCACCAGGCUAAGAACCUUGAACCCCGCUGGAAGGGACCAUACACGGUCCUGUUGACCACCCCUACUGCUCUCAAGGUGGACGGGAUUGCUGCUUGGAUACACGCCUCGCACGUAAAAGCUGCCUUCCCUGAGGAUCCGGACUCAGGAUGGAAAGCUCAACGCACUCAAAAUCCUUUAAAAAUAAAACUUACCCGCUCC